GAUGGCGGACGGGAAGGCGGGAGACGAGAAGCCAGAGAAGCCGCAGCGAGCCGGAGCCGCCGGAGGACCUGAAGAAGAAGCAGAAAAACCUGUGAAAACUAAGGCUGUUUCUUCCAGUAAUGGAGGGGAAAGUUCCAGUUGCAGUGCUGAAAAGCGAUCAGCUGAUGAAGAAGCUGCAGACCUCCCAACAAAGCCUACAAAGAUCUCCAAGUUUGGAUUUGCCAUAGGUAGUCAGACGACAAAGAAAGCAUCAGCCAUAUCCAUCAAACUUGGAUCAAAUAAGCCCAAGGAAACGGUCCCAACUCUCGCUCCAAAAACCCUCUCAGUAGCAGCAGCUUUCAAUGAGGAUGAAGAUAGUGAACCAGAAGAAAUGCCUCCAGAAGCAAAGAUGAGGAUGAAGAAUAUUGGAAGGGACACACCAACAUCAGGUGGACCAAACUCCUUUAGUAAAGGGAAGCAUGGCUUUUCCGAUAAUCAGAAGCUGUGGGAGCGAAACAUAAAAUCUCAUCUUGGAAAUGUACAUGACCAAGACAAUUAAAUGAAGUGUUUUGA